AUGGUGCCAGAAGAAGAAGAAGAAGAAGAAGAAGAAGAAGAAGAAGAAGAAGACAAAAAUGAAGAAAAAGAAGAAGCCUUUAAGUUUAUGCUAAUUGCACCAAACUGCAUCUAUCAGGUCUGGAGAAAAGGAGUGCUCUGCAGUGUUUCCAUUAGGAGCUGAUCUAAUAUCCAUCAAAGUCAAAAAGGGGCCUUCCAUUAAAUUAAAAUAUGAAUGGAGAGCAAAGUUCCUUGGCUGGAGUCUAUGAGGCAGAGCUUCAUCACUUAUUUUCAUUAUUAUUUUGCAGGAGAGAGGGUGGGAAAGAGCAAUGAGAAAUGAAACUGUGGAUGGCACAAAAUGGCUGCCCAUUGGACUCCUGCUGAAACCCAUUUUCAAAUGUGUUCAAAGUCCGAUUGUCUUCCACUUUUACACUCCACAGAACUAUGGGCAAGGCAGAUCCUUAAAAUGGGAUAUUCCAAAGUCAUUUCCAAUCAGUCUAGAAGUUACUGAUUGCUGUGCUGACUCCAUUCCUGAAGAAGCUACUCUUUUCUGA